AUGAGAAGUACCAUCGAACAAACCAGUCUCUCAGCAUCAGAACAAGAUUCUCGAUAUUCCAAUCGUUCUUCCCCUGCUCAAGACUCAGCCAUCACUCCUACUUCGUUCAAGAUGAAGGCCACCAUCCUCGCCCUUUUCCUCUCCGCCACCGGUGCCCUCGCCGCUCCAGUCGCUGAGCCAGAAGCUGAAGCCGCUGGUGCCCAGACCUACGAACACUAUGGCAAAUACGGGUUCGUGGACCAGACACUGAAAUUUAGUCUUCUAAUUUGAUGCUGACAAUUAAUCGCAACGAUUAGCAAAUACGGGCACGUUGAGCCACUGGGAAUUCUCCUUGUUGAUGCUGAUGCUGACUGUUCCUUCUAGCAACUACGGGUAGAUCAAGCCCAGUCCUCCGACGAAUAUCCAGACUGAUCUUGACCUCCCAGCAAAUACCCAAAAUUAGAACAUUACGGCACCUACGAACACUACAAACGCGAACCAGAAGCAGAGGCCGAG